AUGAAAUUCCUACCAAUAAGUUCACUUUUCGUUUUCAUGCUUUUGGCAUUCAGUUUUGUUUCCGCACAACUACCACUACUACCAACGAAUCUCUCCACUACAUGUAAUGCAGAAAUUACUAAACUUUCAACAUCAGAACUCAGCACUUGUGCUUCACCCUACAAGUUAUUACAACAGCAAAUUACCAGUAUAACUGAUCCAAAAUCAGCCUUAGAUAGUUAUUGUUCCGCACCGAAAUGCAGUGAUAGCGCCACUUCUACUGCUGCCACUGAACUUCAAAAUCAAUGUGCAACAGAGCUUACAGCGAAAAAUCCUCAAAUCACUGUCUUAAAAGAAGCUUUGGUUUUAAAUUCCCCGACAAGGGAUUCUUUGUGUUUCAAGAACUCUUCCGGAGGAUAUUGUGGCUUGGAUUCAAAUACUAAAAAGAUAUUAGGUUACAUUAGUGGAUUGAGCGCUACUGCUCCCACUGAUUUUAAUUGUACCGAUUGUAAUAAAGCCAUUUUAAACACUUUUAUGAACUAUUUUAAAGACCAUUCUGAUGCCAAGGCUGACUUACCAGUUGACAUUACGUCUUUUCAAAAUUCUGUUACAUCAAAGUGUGGUGCUUCUUACUUAGAUGGAAAUAUUCCAAGUACCACUACUACCACUAAUCCCGCUAGUUCUCAAAAAAGUAGCG